AACCCACCACAGCCUCCACUCACAGGGGCCUGGACCACUGAACCACAUCGCUUGAACGCUGCAGGAAACACUGAAGCACAAGUGGCCCGAGCAGCUGGCCGCCAUGGAACCGUUUCAAGAGGGAAGCUUCCACCACGACUUGACACGAAUUGACAUCUGAAAGGAAGCAACUCUUCGACUUGGCCGUGGACUUCUGCUGUCACCACGCUCGUUGAUUCCCGACGUUCCUCACCGAAUCGAAUUCCAACCAUCAAUCUCCGACGCCGCUCUCACCCACGAACGCGCAUUAGCAACGGCGCUCAAGUGCAGCUAUUGACAGCUUGCGCCUACGUCAGCUACCCGGUAGCAUCAGCCCCUGGGACUCCCAAAUCCCCCCCCCCCCUGUUGACGAUCGGGGAACGACAACGACAACUCUACAACCACCACCAUACUCCCUCACACCCGAGCGGACCACAUCAUCAUCACCACACCAACCAUGUCGCAAUACUACGGCGCACCGCCAAACCAGGGCUACGCCCCUUCCAACGCCCAGAACCUCCAGUUCUACCCCUCCUCAUACACACAGCCCGUGUCCGGCCACGCGACACCCUCACAAGCAGCAUACGGCUACGGCGGGCCCUCGUCGUCUGGCGGCUAUGGCGUAGGAACCGGCGGCUUCUCCUCGGGCUUCGGCAGUGGCAGCGCGGCCGGCGGCGUUUCGGGUCGCAUGGGCGAGCAGGGAGGACUGAGGACCGGAUGGCUGGCGGCCUUUUCGACGGAAGGGUACGAGGGCGAGCCUCCUCUGCUGGAGGAGCUGGGUGUUAACUUUGGACAUAUUCGGUCAAAGACCCUAGCAGUCCUCAACCCCUUCGGCCGCAUCGACCAACACCUAAUGGACGACUCCGACAUGGCCGGCCCCGUCCUCUUCUUCUUCCUCAUGGGCACCUUCCUCCUCCUGUCCGGCCGCGUCCACUUCGGCUACAUCUACGGCCUCGCCCUCUUCGGUUCCAUCAGCUUGCACGUCAUCCUCUCGCUAAUGGCCCCAACCUCCACUGUCCCCCCCUCUUCCGGCGGUCCCAAUGUCCCCGGCGCCCCAGCGCAAGCCUACUCCUCCUACCCGGGCCCCUCCGCAACCUCCGUUUCCUCCUCCUCCAUGUCCGCCGCCGACCACGACCACAACACCGGUCCCUCCACUCUAACCUUCGCCCGCUCCGCUUCGGUGUUGGGGUACUGCCUCCUGCCCCUAGUGGCCACCAGUCUUGUCGGGAUCGUGAUGCCGAUGGAUACUCCCCUGGGAAUCGUGCUGACGAGCGCGGCCAUCUUGUGGUCGACGUACUCGGCUAGCGGCAUCUUUUGCGCCGUGUCGAGGAUGCGCAGCAUGCGGGCGCUGGUGGCGUACCCGCUUGCGCUGUUUUAUGUGGGGUUUGGCAUCAUGAGCGUGUUUAGCAGCAAGGGGAGCGGGUCGUUUGCCAAGGUUGCGGCGGCUUCUGCGUUGUGAUGAGUGAGACUGGGGGUGUGACAAAAAGUGGUAAUGAAAUGGGGGUUAAUGGGAUAGGAAGGGAGGCAGAUGUUGGGUACCUAGAGCAAUUAUGGGGUUAUGUAUGCUUGGGUUGGGUUGGGUUGGGUCGGUUGGCUGGCUGAGUGGUAUAUGGUGUACUUACUACUGGGUAUCAGAUAGAGAUGCAAAAUAAAAGCCGACCAUUGACAGCAUAAACGAUCUCCUUUCGGUCUUUUUUGUGGCAUGGGUUCAUGCGCUGGACAGGAUGGACGGUAUGAACGAUUGGCACUCAUGAAGC